AUGGGCGCUUGCAUGUCCGCUGAGCAGACGCAGGCCACGCCCGAAUACAAGAAAUCAAAAGCGCUCGAUCGACAGAUCCGAGAAAAUGAAAAGACGCUCUCCAGGGAAGUCAAGCUGCUGCUCCUCGGCGCAGGAGAGAGCGGCAAAUCCACCAUCCUCAAAUCGAUGCGCAUCAUCCACCACAUCCCCUUCACCCCCGAGGAGCGCGAAAACUUCCGAAGGCUCGUCUUCCUCAACCUCGUCCAGGGCAUGAAGACCAUCCUCGACGUCAUGGAAGAGUGGUCCGUCGACUUCAAAGACGAGUCCAAUAUCGACCAUCUCGGCCUGUUUGUCAAGUAUCCGGACGUUUCCGAAGACGAGCCUUUCCCCAUCGAGUAUCUGGAUGCGCUCAAGCGGCUCUGGCUCGACCAAGGGGUUCAGUCGGUCUAUCGCAGAGGCAACGAAGCCGCUGUGCCGGACAACAUGUCGUACUACUACGCCGACUUGGAUCGCCUCUUCGCCCCCACCUACACCCCGUCCGACGACGACAUCUUGCGGUGUCGCAACAAGACCACCGGCAUCAUCGAGACCACCUUCCCGCUCCAAGACCGCUUCUACCGCAUCUUUGACGUCGGCGGUCAGAGGUCCGAACGCAAAAAGUGGAUCCACUGCUUCGAAAACGUCACCGCCGUGCUCUUCUGCGUCGCGCUCUCCGGCUACGACUCGUGUCUGGUCGAGGACAAGGACUCGAACCAGAUGCAGGAGGCGCUCAUGCUCUUCGACUCCAUCUGCAAUUCGAAAUGGUUCGUUCGCACUUCCAUGAUCCUCUUCCUCAACAAGGUCGACGUCUUUCGUCAGAAACUCGCCUAUUCCAGCAUCAAGCAUUACUUCCCAGACUACAACGCGGACGAUCAGGAUUUCAACGCGGCUAGAAGCUACUUUAAGACGAGGUUUGUCAGGUUGAAUCGAAGCCCGACCAAGGAGAUCUACCCUAGCUUUACCAAUGCGACCGAUGUGUCCUUGUUGAAGAUCGUCAUGGCGAGCGUGACGGAUAUUAUUCUGACGAACAAUUUGAGGGAUAUCGUUCUCUAG